CCGUCACCGUCGCAAGCCGCGCGCCAUGGCCGCGCCGCGCGCUCGCUGACGCCCGACCGCGCCCGUCCCGCGCCGACCGCGACUUCUCGGCCGAGCCCACACCUCAAUACGCCGCCGCUAGGUAAAGUAAACUAUACUUGUGUUGACUCGCGACCCUUGUGUUCUCGUCGCAUGCUCCGUUCGUGACGGAUGGGUAAUGUUAUCAGUAGUACGCACGUUGCUCCAAUACCGCGACGUCAUACGAGCUAUCUUCGAUUUAUCUGAACUCUUCCGAGCGGGCUCCCAGCGUCGAUAAACGGCCGCGUGCUGCGCAUCCAGCUGCUCCGAUGCCUUGUCGGUGUCGGGGGCGCAGCGCGGGCGCGAGCGGCAUGCGGCCCCUGCGGCAGACGCCCAUGGAGGUCGGCUAGCACGCGCCCAGCCCCCGCGCCCCACCCCCCGCCCCACAGCCAUGGAACUCUCUGACGUGCCGAGACACCGACCCCUUGCCUUCGAUAAGAUGGAAAGUUUAAUAAAAGAAAUGCAAGAUCCAGAAACGGGUGUCCCUGUUCGAAGUCAAAAACUCUUUCUCACCUACAUUCCGUCUGCUUUUAUGGCCAACGCGAAGAAAGAGGCUCUAGAAAUGUCUCAGAGUGCGCACUCAGGUUAUGAUCUUGUCGAAUGGCUAAUGGACCGGUUCAACCUCGACGAACAAAGUAACGUUGAAGCAAUAAAUUUAGCCAAUCAACUCUGCCAGUAUGGUUACUUCUUUCCCGUCAACGAUUCGAAAAAUUUAGUGUUAAAAGAUGAUUCUUCUCUAUAUAGAUUUCAAAGUCCAUAUUAUUGGCCGUGGCAACCGCCACGGGUCGGCGGCUCGGCGCCCGGCCUGGCCGGCUCAGACAACGUCGAGUAUGCCAUAUACCUCGUGAAGCGAACGCUGCGCAACAAGCAGCGACACGGUCUCGAAGACCACGAGGUCGAAGCGCUGGCCAAUCUAAAGAAGAACCUCGCUGCGAAGUGGGACUUCAUUACUAUGCAGGCUGAAGAACAGGUGCGGUUAGCGAAAGAUCGCAAGAAGGGGGAUAAGAUAGUCAGCGACAGCCAAGAGCGAGCCUACUGGAGGGUGGCGCGGCCACCGCCUGGACAACCGAGCGUUCAGGAAACGUGCCCGGUACCUGUGCGCUCGAGAGUGCCCAAGGCUAAGAAGCGGACCAUCCAGCAGAUCACUAGAGAGAUCGAACAUCUAAACGCGAGUCUGGACCGUACGCGAGUGAAGACGUCUAUUGCCCUUGAGGCCCUUAUGGCGUACUCGGAGACCUUCACUCCCUACGAUCCCUGGCUCACGCCGCCGCAGCCCUCCAACCCUUGGAUCAGCGACGACACCUUGUAUUGGCAAAUCAACAGUCCCUUAGUGGAAGUGCCAAGUGAAAAGCGCGUGCAGCGUUGGGCCCUGAGCAUCGACGAGCUGGUCUCCGAUCCUACUGGGCUGCAGGAGUUCACGAGCUUCCUGCGCAAGGAGUACUCGCACGAGAACAUUCGGUUCUGGCUGGCUGUGAUGGAUCUGAGGAGGAGCAGCGUCAAGCAAAUAUCGAAGAAGCUUGAGGAGAUUUACGAAGAAUUCCUAAAACCCGGCGCGCCGUGCGAGAUCAACAUCGACGGCGCAACCAUGGACCGCGUAGUCGAAGACAUGCGGACUGGAUCUCGAUACGCGUUGGACCACGCUGCAGAACACGUGUACUCACUGCUGCUGAAGAAGGAUUGUUACCCUCGGUUCGUGCGCUCCGACCACUUCCGAAGGCUACUGGAGGAGGGCAAGAAUGUGCAUCAGAAGAAGAAGUUCUUUAACUUUGGCGGCGGUCAAGUGAAGAAGAAGCCGGGCAGUACCUCGACUGGUGGUCUGUCGCGGCGGCGAGGCUCUGAUCGCUCGCUAUCAGGCUCUGCUCACGAGCUGGCGGUGUGUGCGGCGCAGCCCCCGCGCCUGGCUGAGCCACCGCCGCACUCGCACUCGCAGUCCAACCUGGCCGACAUUCCGUUCAGGGACCCAUUGGACGAUGACAGAUCAGAUGUGGCGCCGUGGGAGACAUCGAGUCGGGAGAGCUCAUCGUACAGCGGCGCACGACGUCGACAGGAUUCCGCCGCCGACUCGGGCAGCUCCUCGUCCGACGUGAGCGCCGCCGUGUGCGGGGAGCGCGCGCGCCGCCUGCCGCAGCAGAGCACGCUCGACGGCGGGCUGCGCGGCGCGCCGCCGCCGCUGCGCCGCCUGUCCGCCGUCGAGCCGCGCCACCUCGCGCCGCUCGCCUCGCCGCCGCGCCCGCGCCCCGCGCCCGCCGCCGCGCCGGCCCUGCCGCCGCACCCGACGCCCACCAUCAGCGUCAGCUCGGCGCCCGACGACGACUCCGCCGGCGAGCCUCCCGACUCGCCCGACGAGCCGCGCUCGCUCGCCGUCUCCGACGAGCCCUCGUCCGUGUUCGCGUCGGCCGACGCGACGCCCACCGAGCCGGCGCGCCCCGCCCUGCGCACCCUCGAAGACGCGCCCGAGCUCGACCCGGCGACGAUCGAGGAGGGCGGACCGGCUCCGAAGACGGGCUGCAAAAUCGGCGAUCUUCCAGAGAGCGUUCCCGGCGGCCCCGACGCGGAGUCGUCGCCGGCUCGGGCGCCCGCGGCCGUGCCCGCCGCGGCAUCGCCCGCUCCGGCGCCCACUCCGGCGCCUGCGCCCGCCGGGCCCACACCGGAGAGCCCCGCUCCGCUCACCGCGGCCGGCCCCGCAGCGGUGGUGCCGAGCAGCACUGCGGCGGUGGCGCCGGCCGCCCCGGCCUGCGCUGCGGCCCUCACGGCCGCUCCCUCGGCUGCGGAGCCCACCGCGCCACCCCCGGUGUCGCUGCCUCCGUCCGCGCCCGCGCCGGAGCCGGCGGGCUCGGCGGCGCCGCCGGCCGCGCGGCCGCCGGAGACCUCGGCGGCGCCUCCAGCAGUGCGACCGCCGGAGACCACGGCGGCGCCUCCAGCAGUGCGAGCGCCGGAGACCUCGGCGGCACCACCAGCCGUGCGGCCGCCGGAGAGCUCGGCGGUGCCGGCAGCGGCGCGACCGCCGGAGAGCGCGGGGGUGGGGGCGCCCCGCUCGUCCCCCUCGCGGCCGCCGCCGGUGGCGCCUCUGGCCGUGGGGGAGGACACCGGGGUGGACGACGACCACGUAGACAAAGUGCCUUCGGCGGCCGCGCCGGUCCCGACGGACCUCGCGGCGGCGGCCGAGUCGGACGCGACGAAAAAAAUUGCUCACGAAGACGAACUGUCGUCGGUUUCGAAAUCUAAUAUUGUUAAGCGUGAUAAUAAGAGCGACCUCGGUGACCGUAAACAGCGGAACGACAUUUGUCCCUGGGAGGACGAGAACUCGUGUGAAAGUGACGCUCCAUUUGUUAAAACGUAUGCAACGCUCGGUUACUUAUAACUUUUAAUUUGUGUAGGAAAAUAUCAAGAAUAUUUUAAAAUUGUCAGGGUUGAUUAUAGAAGAUUGAAAUAAUAUAAAUUUAAUUUUUUAUCUUAGACCCUAUGUUCUAAUUAUCACAGAUUAGAUCAUUAUUAUGUAAUUAUAUGAAUAUUUUAAAGUAAAUGAUCGUUAAUUAUUAGAAAA